AUGACCCCAGUGCCUCUUUACGAUGCAUCCAAGCCAACAGCCCUCCCUUCUUCAGCCUGGCUUUGUGCCGGGAGUCACCAGGUCCCUACACCCUUUCCCCAACCACUAUAUUUUGGGAAAACACAGAAGGGCCAAGUUGCUUUCCAUUGCAGCGCCGUUUUUCACUGUCACCAGUACUCAUCAAGGAAGCAGGACGGUUCCUCCCUUCAGCCAGCAGCUCCCCACCUUCCACGCCAGAGCUGGUCCGGAGACAGCAAUGUCUGCCUCGUAGCCAGUCACAACCCUGUGAUCUUGACACCAGGAAAUGUGGAAUCAAACGAAGGCACGAGGAAGAUACACGGUGGCAUCGUCCUUCUCUGGACUUCUACAAGAUGA